AUGGCCUGGACUCUAGUUGCUACAGUCAUUCCGCUUCUUCUUUUCUAUCUUUGGAAAAAAGCCAUAUAUCACCGAACGAAACAAUAUGCCUGGUUGCCCCAGUUUCCGCCAUCGCUAAUAUGGGGUCAUUUAUCCACGCUCGGGGAAUUCACAAAGAUAAAUCGACCAAAUAUACACAUUGACGAAAUCUUAAGAACAAUGUAUAAUCGUCUCGAUAAGCCCGCGCUAUUUAUUGUCGAUUUGCGACCAAUGAGACCCCCUAUGUGCGUGAUCUGCAAUCAUGAUGUUGCAGAGCAAAUAUCCAAAAGCUCGAACCUGUUUCCGUACAGUCUUCCGAAGUCAGACAUAACUCGCCGAUACACCGACAUGAUGGGUCCACUCUCGAUUGUUCUUGCGCAGAAUGAAGAGUGGAAAAGUUUUCGCAAGCAGUUCAAUCCAGGAUUUGCCCAUAAACAUCUCAUCAGUUUGAUGCCAUGUAUUCUGGAAAAAACGCAGAUUUUCUUAACGAAGCUCGAUCGUUAUGCUAGCACUGGCGAGGAGUUUCGGCUGGAUGUACUAUGUACAAAUUUGACAUUUGAUAUUAUCGGCGCGGUCACCAUGGACAUUGAUCUGAAUGCUCAGCUUGGAGAAGAAAACCAAAGUGAAAUCAUUCCACUCUUCCGCAAACUUGGAUCGACCUAUCGUUACAGCAACAGCGGAUGGAAAUAUUUACGUCCUCUCCAGAGAAAUUUAAUUUCUCGUCAACUCAAUGCGCGCAUCAAAGAGCGUAUUAAGGAAAAGUUUGAAGAGCAGUCAGCUUCGCCAAAGCCAUCUCGCAGUGUCCUUGCUCUAAGUCUAGUUGACACACAUGAGUUAACGCCAGAAGUUCUAGAUAGGACUUGCGAUCAACUCAAAACUUUCUUAUUUGCUGGCCAUGAUACAACAAGUAUCUUGCUACAAUGGACAUUCUACGAACUAUCUCGGACCCCUCACGUCCUACGCCUUGUUUGCAUGGAACUGGACGACAUCUUCGGUCCUUACUCGAACCCAAUCCAAGUUCGAGAUCAAAUCUUAGAACACGGAGAGAAUGUUCUUCAAAGGAUGACCUACACCUCUGCCGUUAUAAAGGAAAUUCUUCGUCUGUAUCCACCAGCUGGGACAUCGCGCUUUUCGGCCCCAAACACGGGGUUUAACGUUCGACUACCAGAUGGUCAAGAUAUGUGUCUGGAUGGGUUGGUGCUCUACCACUGUGAGAGCAUCAUCCAGCGUGACCAAGCCGUGUAUGGUGACAAGAGCGAUCAGUUUAUUCCCGAACGCUGGUUGGAAACCGGCUCCACUAUACCGGCGAGUGCUUGGCGGGCUUUUGAGCGUGGACCACGCAAUUGCAUUGGACAAGAGCUCGCGAAUAUCGAGGCUCUUGUGAUUUUCGCUUGUGCGACACGGCGAUAUGAUUGGGAGAAGGUAGGUCUUGGGUCAACCAAGCGGGAUGCGUCAGGUGCGCCGAUUGAAAAAGAAAACGGACAAUACGAAGUUCAGUCAGAGUUGUAUAAUACACUGGAAAUUACCGCCAAGCCGGUGGAUGGAAUGAGGAUGCGAGUGAAAAUAGCAAGAGCAUAG